UAAAAAUAUUGUGGAAUUGUAGUCUUUGUUCUGUUUUUGUAGUCGGAAAUGAUGCAUUGAUAUCGAAAAUAAUACUCUAGCAUAUGAGAACUCUUUAAACUUUAAAGUAAAUUAUCUUGGGCUUCGUGGAAUUUAUUUAUAUUUACCAGUUUUUUUUUUGUAUAAUUGAUUGCGAGAGUUUGCGUUGUACAGGCAUGACUCAUUAGCAUGACCACGAUCUUUCGACACACUGAAUUAAAACGGCAAGCGCCAUGUACCGCAGGAUCAAAGGAUGAACUUAGACACGUGAUACGGGACGGUCACCGAUAGGCGAGGCCAAAAGCAGCAAAUGCCCUGGAGCGGGGAGCGAGUGGAGAGCAUGCCUAUAACACCACGGUGCUCCCCGCACACUGACGUGCUGGGGGGAGAACUGGAGGAGUGAGGGGGCAAGCAGCUAGGUUCUGCCGACGAGAAAUCUGAAGGAUGUCUCAGAAGAAAUUGCCAGGUCACCUGAAGAGCGGCUGGAGACGGAGUAGUACCAACGACACGGACGACUCUGACAACAGCUCAGACUCGGACAGCACGGUGCAGUACAUACACAACUUCUUGGCGUCGCGUGCCAAGAGCGGCGACGGCGCCCCCUCCCACAAGAGCUGGCAGCGCGGAGGCCUGGGACUCUCGGCUGCCUUCACGUGCGAGCUGGAGCUCCCGCACUCUCCCUUCCUGCCGGCCAAGCCGGUCGGCUCCGGAGCGGUGCCGGGGAACGCAGACUCGGGCAGCAACUACCACCUCAUGCAUCACGACUACGCGGAGAGAAUGAACGAGCAACUGACGCGAGACACGUUCAACAGUGACUCCGGGGACCUGCUGAAUUUCACAGCUUGUGGUGACGUGCCCAGGAGCACUGUUCCUAAAAACGCUGGUGAAAGUGUGUCUUCCAACUCGCAGAGCACGCCAGAUGUCGCGUUUGAAAUACCGGUGGUGGCAUCGUUGAACCUGGGGAAGUGUCCCAUCAAGAAGCGACCUUGGUACAUGCCACCCGACAGCUGCGGCCACGAAGCUGGAACUAGCGAGAGCACGAAUAACUGCAGUGAUCCGAGCUCCGGUAGAAGUGCCAAGUGCGAGCUGAUGUCUCCCAGCCUGCCCCAGUGGAGUUACGGUGGCGGGACCUACGCCCCUCCCCUGCUGACCGAAGUCAUGUCCGCGAAUGGCGUGUCUAGUUCGGGGCCUUCCGCCGAGGUGCCUUCCUCGUCCAGCCAGCGCGACAGGCUGAAGCUCAGGCUGAAGAGGAUCAACCUGAGCGAGGGUUCCUCCGGCGCCUACACGCCGUACACCUGCACGCUGUCGCACUCCGUGCGAGGUGGCGUCGGCAGCGGACUCUGGCCGAGGACGAGGGACAAGUCCUCUCUGUUCCCGUCGCUGUCCCGGUCUCCCGAGGCCAGGGCGCAGUCGGGCAGCUCCUCGCAGGCCGACCCGGCCAUGGACGACGCCAGCUCCGAGAUACAGUUCAUAUCGAUGGAGCAGCCAUCCUCGGCCCACUCCUUGCACCUGUCGCGCGCCUCCGACCGCAUGAAGAGGAGGAAGCGGAGGAAGAUGCACCUGGGCAUGCUGGGGAAGACGUACGUCUCGGACGAGGUCAUCGUGGUGGACGACAGUCACCAGGAGCAGGAGCGGAGGUCGCCCAAGCUGCCGUACAAGGCCUCUGUGCCGGGCCCCAGUUCCCACAAGAAGCUCGGCGGCAUCACCGCCGCGACCACUCUGGCGCACGGCAGCUCCGCGCCAGACGUCGACGUGCAGAGCAGGAACACGGUGCUGGUCAACCACGCGGAGACUCCUGCCGCGAGGUCGUCGUCAGACGGUGGCGCGGCCGAUCCGGAGAGGAGCACCACGCCAGACAGCGUGGUUGCCUUGACGCCCACGAGCGAAGUGCCCUCGGCGGUCGUGGAGACCUCGCCAGACGCAGGGGCUGGGCUGGCGGUCACGAGCAGCUCCCCCGGCCAGACGCUGCUCAGGUCGUCCUACGGAACACUGGAUGCCGUGUUGUCGUGGGCCUUGUCGCGCGGCGGGGAGGAGGCAGGCCCGGCGCCCGGGAGCGAAGCCCCCCGGGGCCCGAGCGCAGCGGAGGCAGUGCAGUCUGGGACUGCGGGCAGUGCGGCCUGCGAGGUGAAGGACGAGCAGACGGCUGGUCCGUCGCAGUGCGACGACAAGCCGGCAGACGGGAAGCCCGCCGUCUCGGUGAAGGACUUUCUGAAGGAUGCCUUAUUCAUGGACACCAUAAACAGACUGAAGUCCAAGCUGAUGUCGCUGACGGCCAUCCUGGAGUGCCCCGUAUGUCUGGAGUACGUGGGGCCGCCCAUCUACCAGUGCCGCCGGGGGCACAUCGUGUGUGGCCUGUGCAAGCCCAAGCUGAUGUACUGCCCCACGUGCCGCUCGGGGUUCAGCGAGUACCGCAACCUCGUUGCGGAGAUGUUCGCGGAGCGGCUGGACUACCCCUGCAAGAACGCUCACCUGGGCUGCGACAGCACCUUCACGCUCAAGGAGAAGGAGGACCAUGAGGCAAACUGCGCCUUCCGCUUCUACAAGUGCAUCCUGUGCCCCUGGAAGGGCCUGCAUCGCGAGCUGCUGCCCCACCUGGUGAAGGACCACCCCGGCAAAGUGGGCCACGGGGCCGAGCAGGAGAUACUGCUGGAGCUGGGGGACAUGACGGCGUCGGCCAACCAGAACUGGAUCGUGUCGGCGAUGAACGAGAUCUUCCGGGUGAACUUCAUCCUGGCGAAGCGGCAGAGCAACAUGCAGAUCAUGGGGUCGGUGCAGUUCAUCGGGCCGCGGCGGCGCGCCGACGACUUCAUCUACACCUUCGAGGUGAAGAGCGAGGAGUUUGACCAGCACUGCAUCUUCUCGCGCAAGACGCACAGCGACCUGGACAAGUGCUACACCUACUACACCAACGGGGACGGCUUCUUCAUCAACAACUCGGUCCUGUUCAGCUCCGGCGAGGAGGGCAACAAGUGCAUCCUCGUCAAGCUGGUGCUGAAGAAGAAGAACGUGUGACGGCGUCUCGGCGUCUCUGCCUCGUGCGUGAGACCGCACGAGUCCAGUGCGUUGUAGCAGUUACACUACCUUCUGCAAUGCACGCAUGACAUUGUCUUGUUUAUCUAUUUAUUGUUCUGUUUUACUCAUCUGCUGAUGUGUAUAUCCAACUCCCAUAACAGGGAUGUUAAAAUUUUGCCUGUGUUUGGUAGAAAAAUUCGCUAUUUACAUUACAAUUAGGUUUUUGUUUGUUUCGCAUAACUUGCCUUUAUAUUUACUGCUGUAACUAUAUUGUGGCAGUAUGCAGUCUUGAUGGUAAGAUAUGAUAGUUUAUUGCUUUUUAGCUUCAUGCCAAUAAGUAUGUUAUAUGAUAAAAAUUUGGUAUUGAUAUUGACUAUGUUUUGGCUAUUCUAAUAUUAUUUGAGAACAUGCCUAUAUAUUAUGUGAAAAUCUCAUAAUUAUUGUGUUAUUUAAUCAACAGUGGGAAAGGCUGUGGUGUAGUGCUACGGUGCUCAUUUAAGAAAAUUUCCUGUCCUCGGACAGUUGUUAUGUUUAGGUUGGUACAGGAUUCUAUUUUUACUGGAUUUUGUAAUAGUGACGAGUCCUAGAAUAUAAUAUGCAUCAUAGCAUUUCCUGUCAAACCAACUAGUAUCAGGUAUUUUUAUUUCAGUGUCAAAUAUAUUUUGUUAUUUAGAGAUUUCAGUAAAUUUCUCAUGUAACAUAACAUACUAUGUAUUCAGCAAUUUACCAUAUUUAAAAUAACAUGUCUAAACGUUCAUUAGGUGACAUUUUUUCAGUAUUUCCAUAGUAAUAUUUAUGAUGCACUCUUAAUUCAACUAUAGUAAUAUGUAAGCCUCUUAAAUUAUUAAUUCAAAAUAUGGCAGUUAAAAUUCUGUUUGUUUAAUGGCUUUCAACUGGUAAGGUACAGAAUUACUAUAAACUGUUUUCAGCACACUCGUUUACCAGGAGUAUCCAGUAAGUGCAGAAAGAUCCCUAAAGCUCAUAGGGUGAGUGCUAGAUCUUUAAUUUAUCCUGUUCACCGGAUUGAGAUGAGAAAGUUGGAUUCAGUAAAAUUUGAUUGCCCAUGUUAAUUACCGAUGCCCGGAAUCCGUAAAAAAAAACAACUGGAUAGUCCAUUUCACGGUAAGGGCCGCCCUUGUAUUUGCAUCUUCUCUAGAAUUCUCAGCACAAGAGAAGUGUUUGUGAACUGUGCCUCAGCUUUUUGGGAUGUAAACAUUACGGCACUGUUUCGCCUUGUGGCCUAUCUCCAUCUGCUGGGGAGACCAGUAGAGAGAUUCUUUGUUUCAAGUUGGGAGAUGUAAAAUGUGGUGGGGGAAUACGGAAUAGACAGGUAGGCGUGUGCAGUGAACUUCACUUGAACUGGGCACCACGAGUUAAGAUGAUGAUGACGAUGAUGAUGUCGGCGGCGGUAGCCAAUGGACCUGUCGCAAUGUGUCACUGGCCACUAGCGUCUGUCCUCAUCUUCAUCCAGUGGUAACUCCCGUGGCAGUCUUGUCUUGUGAAGAAGUCGUCAGCCUGGUGAAACAUCAGUUCUUUUUUCCUACCGUGUGUGAGUACUGAUUGUGUUUGUACAGUUUUGUGGAGUAGAUAUAAAAAUAAUUUUUUUUACAUAUAAUAAUUUUGUCAUUAAGUGUGUAGUUUCACUGUCUCAGCCGUGAAUUUUCUCGCCUUGCACUUGUAGAAAAUAAUGUAGAGUUUACUUAAUUUUAUAAUAGCAUUAAGACUGUGGGUUUUUGCCCAACUAUGAUUGUAUUGCAUUAUCACCUGUCUGGCAAGUGUGUCGUGCUGGUUAAUAUUUUGCAUAUGUGUUUGUGUUGAGUUAAUGUGAUCUAAAAAUUUAAUCGAAAUGUUUUCACUUGCUUUAUUCAGAUUGGGUAAGAAAAGUAAGUAAUAGAAAUUCACUUUUCUUUAGUGGACUGAUUUUUAAAGUGGUUUUUUUUUUUAAUGUAGCCAAGAAUUUAUUGUAUUUGAAAGAGAUCCUGUGUGAGUUUUUUGCGUUAAAAGUGUAAGCUGAAUUUACUCGGAUAUAAGACAUUUUUUGUGAUUUUUUUGACCUCGGAAAAUGGAGUGCAUCUUGUGUCUCAAAGUGUCCUACAUUCAUCGAAUUCUCUUGUUUCCAAGCUUUAAUUAUGUUGUGAUUACAAUCAUUAAUGUCUUACAUUACUCCUCAGUAUCUGAGAAAAGUGUAAUAGAGCAGACUAAUUACUAAGGUUUGGUUGUGAUGUUAAGAGAAUUACUAUACCAAUAUUACCUUCCAUUACCAAUCUUCACCUUUUUGCAGAAGGAUCUGUGUACUUGUAUUGAAGGGUGACUUGCAACUUUUAGGGAACUUGCCUUAAGGAGGUUUGUGUCUUUGAAUCAUGUGCUCAUAGAUUUGAGUAAGUUUAGUAGUUUCAUGUGGACAAAUGUUUGCAUAAUCAGCCUGUUGUUCUGUUAUGUGUUGCUUAAUAUGUUUAUUUUCUCCUGUAAAGUUUUUAUUUAUUAUUAUAUUAUUAUUAUUAUUAAAAUUGUUGGGAUCACAUAAAAUCAUCUUGGGUUCCACAUUAAAUCUAUGCCAUUUUUUUUGUGGUAGUUAAUACUUUUCAUCUUGCUUAUUUAUAUAGAUUCACUUAUUUUUUUAUAUGAGUUACUGCUAAGCUUUCCAGUGUUAUGUUGAUUGCAUUUGUGUUGUUCAUGAGUUAAAAUCCAACUUCUCAUAGUGAAAAAUUUUUGUGAAUAAUGUUUAUAGAUCUGUUUUAAUAAUUAGUUAUUUGUAGAGAUGGACCAAGACUAAAAAAAACUUGAACAAGUCAAGCAAGUAGCUUCAGCUCGAUUUAGCGUGGCUCGAUAGUCGAGUUCAUAUCGGAUGAGAGACUACAAUAUUUUUCCUUAAACUAAUACACAUUUGACAUCUGCAACUAGCAUAAAAUUAUUAACCACUAUUUUCUUACCACUUCGCAGUGAAACCUUGUAUUUACAUUCUCGCUGUUUUCCUGCAAUUUAAGCUGUUUUCAUAAAGUAUGAUUUAUUUUACAAUAUUGCACUGCUUCCGUACUUUAUAUCCCAGUAUGUUCAUUCCAGAACACUAGAUAUGAUGCGAUUUUUUGAAUGAAAGCUUGCAGUACAACAGAUUAUAACAAAUUCAGCAGGCAUACUUUUAAAAGAAGUUACUUGAAUGUCUUGGAUGUAGUUUUUUUCUGCUGUGGCAUCACGCAUCAGUUAUUAUUGGCACAAAUGUGGAAUAGCACCAAAAAAAAGUGCUACAUAUUAUAUUUUUCUUCUCUUUGAUUAUCUUGUCAAAAUGACAAACAGUUAUAAUUAGUUAUAUAUAAAAGAUGCUACUAUGUAAUUUUGUUUGAAAAAAGUGACAUGCCUAAUUAUUGUCAUUUUCAAAAGGAAGAAUGAGUAACCAAAAAAUAGUGGAAGUAUAUGGAAAAAAAUAAAACUGGAUAAACCUUUUUUCCUGAUUAUGUUUACACUUUAUAUUUUGGUAUUUAAGAUUUUAUGUGCAGAUUUUAUCACAUCCAUUGAAUGCAAGUAAUCUUGGAGAAUGGUGGUUUUGGGGAGAUAAAGGUGUAUUACAAGUUAAAGGUUUUUAUGCAAAGUGGGAGUAAAGAAAUUAUCAAGAUUUAAAUGUAUACAAAAGAUUUUAUGUUUUAUUAAUGUGGCUGACCUAACCUGUACCAAAAUAAGUUUCGUUCACCUUAUUUCUCAUAACCACACACUCCUGAAUAACCUCAGUCUAACAAAAAAUAUUGUAAUAUUCGGUCUCUAAAUAAUUUUGCAUAAUUUAAUAAUUUCAUCUGUAUUACUAAAUAUCUGCAUGCAUUUGUUUGUCACAUUCUUUCUUUUAUUACACCUCAAAACAAUGUCUGCAGCUACUCUAGCUUGAUUCUAUAAAAUAAUCUCAUUUAAACUCAACAGUAUAUUAGCUGAACUCAACUUGACUCAACUGACAAAUUUCAAAUUCAUCCAUCUCUAGUUAUUAGUAAGGACGUUCAACGAGACUGGGUGUUGAUGGUUUGAGCAUAGGAAUGAUGAGUGACAAAGUGAGAUAUGUGUGAUACAUUUAGAGUUAAACCUUAUGGUUUAAUUAUUAAGCUAUACUUAAAGCAAUAUAAAGUUUUUUUGUGCUGAUAUAUGUAGGCAAAACUUGGUAAGUGUACUAAUAUUGUAUAAUGUAGGUAUGAUGCUCAUAAAUGCAUUAAAACUUACAAUUCGUCUUUUGUAAGUUUUUUUUUUUUUUUAGCUUAUUGAAACGUGUAUUUACCUAUGUAGUGAUUGAGCCAAUAAAGUCUUGAUAAAUGCAAA